AUGCUAGUAUCUGCAAAGCGGACGAUUGUUGCGACAUCUAUUCUAGCAUCGUGUGUGCUCCUUUUGGUCACCAGCCAACUAAAACGCGAAUAUACCGGUUCAGGCUUUUCGAGUUCCUGGAACAAUCAAACGUUGGGGGCAUGGAAUGGCUUUAAUGCACCUUGGACAACAGAACAGGAGAGUGCUCGGUUUGCCUAUGUGCAAUAUGCAACCGAUACCGACUACCUGUGCAAUGCAAUGAUCAAUUUCGCACGCCUUGAUCGUUUCGAAGCAAGUUUCGACCAGGUGCUGAUAUAUCCGAAAGAAUGGGACGAGCCUGGAGGAAUCGAGCAUAUGGCACUUGAAAACAUCAUCAAACAUUAUCCGCGUCUCGUACUACGCCCGAUCGAAGUUCUCACUACUUCGCAAGGAGAUCGAACCUGGCGUAAAAGCCUGACCAAGUUCCAGGCCUUCUCUCUCACUGAGUACACCCGCGUCCUGGUUUUCGAUUCUGACUCCAUUGUCCUCAACAACAUGGACCCUUACUUCCUUUCUCCAAAGGCGCCCGUCGCAGUUCCAAGGGCAUAUUGGCUAAACGACAAAGGAGCAUCAAUCAAGGACCAAAUGCUUGGGUCCCACGUGAUGCUCAUCGAGCCUAACAUAAAUAACUACAAGCGUAUUAUCGAAGAAGCUACAGCUUCCGGGGACUUUGACAUGGAAGUCUUGAACCAUCUCUUCAAGGACUCGGCUAUGAUCUUACCCCAUCGACGGAUAGCUUUGUUGACAGGGGAAUUGCGACAAACGGACCAUGACCGCUACUUGUCUGAAGAUAAAGAUGAAAAGUGGAAUGCCAUGGCGGAGGUCUCACGGGCAUAUUUGGUGCACUUUAGUGAUUGGCCUCUUCCAAAGCCGUGGGUGCACCACACGGACGCUACUUGGGAAGCUACCCUGCCCGCUUGUCCGGAUGGUGACACUGAGCGGGCUGAUAGGCCAAGAUGCGCGGAUAGGGUUAUGUGGACUGGGCUUUACGAAGAGUACUACCAUGACAAGAAGAGUGUUUGCAGCAUAUUGACUUAG